AUGACGAGGGAGCCCACAGUCUACGGCACGGCCUCCUUGGCCUCCGACGAGCGGCUGAGCGCGCGCGCGACGCGGCGACGCGCCCUGAUCAAGUGGGGCCUCGUGGGGCUCGGCGUCUGCGGAGUGUGCACCGUCUUGGCCAUCUUCGGGCUGACGAGGCUGCCGGAGGACGCUGCAGUGGUCCCCACUGAGGCGACAGAGUCGUCGCCCGACGCGAAGGCUGCUGCGCCGGCCCUGGAAUCGGAGGUCGCGUGCGUCCAGAGCUCGUACGUGGACAACGUGACCAACAUGAUGGAGCCGAUCACCGGCCUCAAGUGGACGCACGGCGCUCAGCCGAACGCGGCGUCCGUCAUUGUUGUGGACGUGGAGACCAAGUUCCAGGAGAUCUUGGGCUUUGGAGGAGCCUUCACGGAGGCGGCGGCUCUGCAGUUCAACAAGCUGUCGCCGGAGAAGCAGGAGGAGGUGCUCACGCUCUACUUCGACCAGCAAAAGGGCAGCGCCUACAUCUUUGGUCGUGUGCCCAUGGGCUCGUCCGACUUCUCGGCGGGAUCGUACAGCUUCGACGAUGUGGUCAAUGACACGGAGCUCACCCACUUCGACGAGGAGGUGAAGCACGACCAGGAGGUGCUCAUCCCCUUCAUCAAGCGCGCGCUCGAGCGCCAGCCGAACUUGAAGCUGUUCACGGCUCCGUGGAGCCCGCCGGCCUGGAUGAAGCGCGCGGCGCUGGACUACUCGCCUAGCAUGCUCAACUCCGCCAAGCCCAUUGGUUUGAAGGACGAUGCUCGUGCGACCUGGGCUCUGUACUUCUCCAAGUUCAUCACGGCUUACAAGAACCAGGGAAUUUCGUUCUGGGGCCUAACUCCGCAGAACGAACCGCAAGCAGAGGUCCCGUGGGAGUCGUGCAUGUACACGGCUGAGUACCAGGCUGAGUUCAUCGGAAACUUCCUGGGACCCAUGCUGAAGCGCGACCAUCCCGAGCUGGUGCUAAUGGUCUUCGACCACAACCGUGGAAGUACCCGUCAGUGGGCGGAGGUGAUCUACAACCACUCUAUGGCAGCGCAGUACGUUGACGGUAUGGCCUUCCACUGGUACGACGACGAGCGCUACAUGGAUGGUGUCGAGUAUCACGAGCGUCUGAAUGACACGCACUUUGUGGACCCGAGCCGCUUCUUGCUGGCAACGGAGAGCUGCAACUGCCCUGACGUGGGUCACGGCGACCUUGCCUGGUUCCGUGCGCAGCGUUACGGCCACGACAUUAUGACGGACCUGAACAACUACGUGGCUGGCUGGGUGGACUGGAACCUGUUGCUCGACCACAAGGGCGGACCCAACCACUUAGCGAACAUGUGCGACGCCCCCAUCAUUCUGACGGAGGACGAGACGGACUUCUUCAUCCAGCCCAUGUACUACUUCAUUCAGCACUUCUCCAAGUACAUUCCGGUGGGCUCGCGCCGUGUCAAGACGGAGGUGGCGGCACGCUUCGCUGAGCCCGGUGAGCCUCAGCUGUACGUCGACUACCCCUCGAUGCUGGCGGCUUGUGACGGCAGUUCUCGCCAGAAGUGGCGUCCGACCGACGACGGCAAGCUGGAGGUCACUGGCACCGGCUUCUGCAUUGACCUCAAGGAGAUCCCGUGGCAAGGCCACCAGGGUCUGCUGGUCGACUGCAGGUACACGCAGCAGCACUGGACCUACGAGCUUGACACGGGCCGCAUUCGUAUGGGCGACUACUGCAUCUCGCUCAACCACGGCUCAACCCAGAACGGUGUGCGCAUCAGCACCGACCUGUGCGAGGAAGAGGUCAAGUCGCACCAGCAGUGGAGGUUCGACGUUGAGGAUGGCACGAUGCGCUCGUAUGCGUCGACGACGGACCAGUGCGUGACUGCUGGCUAUGCUUUCGUGCAGGCAGCGGCUUUCGUGACCCCGGAGAACCACAAGGUGCUCGUGGUCAUGAACGAAAACACUGAGCCGGCUGACUUUGAGAUGCAGGUGGGUGGAGUGGCGCUGGAGACGACGGUGCCGAAGGGUGCGAUCCGGACUUUUACCUGGGAGUAA